AGUGCACAACAUGUGGAAUAUGAAAGGCAAGAAAGGGGCUAUUGCACUAAAAAUGGAUUUACAUAAAGCCUUUGACAGUGUCAACUGGAGCUUUCUCGAGAAAGUCUUGAGGGACUUCAACAUUCCAGAGGCAUUAAUUAAACUCAUCAUGUUCUGUGUUUCAACGGUUAAACUCUCUAUGCUUUGGAAUGGGGAACCCUUACCCUUUUUUGAUCCACAAAGAGGCUUAAGGCAGGGAGAUCCAUUGUCGCCUUACCUUUUCAUUAUGGUCAUGGAAAAGCUGUCACACAUGAUUCUUAGCCGCCUGCAGUCUCGAUCUUGGAAGCCUAUUAAAAUUGCAAGAGGGGGUCUUGCUUUGUCACAUUUAUUUUUUGCAGAUGACUUGAUGCUUUUUUGCAAAGCAUCUCAUUCUCAACUCUCAAUGGUUAUGAAUUGUUUAAAGGAGUUCGCUGGAUACUCGGGACUGGAGAUUAACUUAGCAAAGUCAAAACUCUAUAUAUCACCUAACAUUCAAGCUGCAGUAGCCAAUUCCUUAAGCAGUGCUUGUGAUAUCCCACUCACGUCUAACUUAGGCACAUACUUGGGGGUGCCAAUUAUUCAUGGAAGGAACUCGGCAACUACAUACAAGCAUAUACUUGAAAGAAUGCAGUUGAAACUUGCUAAUUGGAAGAGAAGUUCGCUAAGUUUGGCAAGUAGGAAGACACUAAUUCAGUCAGCGACUUCUUCAAUUCUGGUGUAUACGAUGCAAAUAGUCAUUUUACCUCAGAGCAUUUGUAGUUCAAUUGACAAAAUUAAUAGGAAUUUUCUCUGGGGCUCAGAUACAGGGACUCUGAAACCUCAUCUUGUUAGCUGGGAAGCUGUUUGUAAAAGUCAAGAACAAGCAAUGGCCAGCAACAUAUUUGUGCAAACAAAAGUUCCUAUUUGGAUAAGUUGGCACCCACCGGAUCCACCUUUUUGCAAGUUGAAUACGGAUGGCUCUAGAAUGCAGGAGACAGGAUUGGCAAGUACAGGUGGAUUGUUGCAGGAUUCUUCGGGAACCUUUAUUCAAGGUUUCUCAGUGAACAUUGGUCAAAUCUCAGUUUUCUUGGCAGAGUUAUGGGGUUGCAGGGAAGGACUGAUCUUGUGUAGGAACAAAGGGAUUAGUCAUUUAGUCGUGGAGAUGGAUUCCUUGUCGGCGGUGCAGGUUAUUGAAGGAUCCAAGGAACAGGAUAGCCUAGCAGCAGUGCUGGUGGAAGACAUCCGUCGUUUGAGAGGAGGAUUUAUUGCCUUUAGCAUACAACACACCCUACAUGAAGGUAAUCGUGCUGCAGACUUUAUGGCUGAAAUUGAGCAUAAUUUGCCUACUGGAACCACAGUUUUUUAUUCGCCUCCACUUGGUCUCAUCACUUUCCUGGAAGCGGACACGUUGGGCGUAGCAUUCUUGCGUCAUUAAUGACUUAGCUUUAUCAAUUGUAUCAAAAAAAAAGAAUAGAAAGAGUAAUAAUAAAUUCUCAUAAUAGCA